ACAUGCUGAGUGGUACUAGUUAUACAUGUGCACGGUCAAUGAAUAAUAAAUAAUUAAAAAGAAAUAAAAAUGCCUCGAAGAAAAGUAGAUCCUGGUUUCAGUGAAGCUCGAUCAGAUAAUUUACCACGAGUUGAUGCUUUUACUGUCGCAUCCUACUUAGCUACAAACUCCGAUUUUGUAUCAGCAAAAAUGCAAGGAGCAAAAGCUAACCUAUCUGGGAGAAAAUUAUAUGGAGAUGCUGCUAUUGAAUUCGUACAACUAAAACUUCAUGGAUCAGAAUGUACUCUUAAAUGUCUUAUUUGUACUGAGCACAGACUACACAAUAAAUCAUAUCGAGUGACUCUCGUUUUAGACAUUGUUGAGGAAGAGAUUUUGUCUAUCCAAUGUCAUGAUUGUGCCGCAUCGUCAGGUGGAUGCAAGCACUCGAUCGCUUUCAUAAUGUGGUUACACAGGAGAUCGGAAGAACCUUCACCGACAGAUAUUGAAUGUUAUUGGCGAAAAUCAGUUCUAUCUCAAGUUGGAUCAUCAACAAAAUUUAUUAUGGAUCAAGCAAACUGUGAGCUCUGGUUUACAUUGCGAUACGGGCGAAUUACUGCAUCAAAAGCAUAUGAAGCAUCACGUUGUAAUACACCGGAUGGAGUUCUAGUGGAGUUGCUAGUUGGUGGUAAAAAAUUGCGGAGUACAAAAGNUAAUGCACAUUUUUUUGAAACUACUAAAUUUUCAAUAUGUUUGAAACCUCUAUCUGCUAAUACAGCUGCACCUGGUUUCAAACACUCCAAGUAUCCAGAGUUUGAUACUAUUUCUGUAUCAGAUGCUCUACCACCAAAUCCUGGUGAAAUGAAAUUAACUAUACCAUCUCGAACGAAGGCCAAAUAA